UGUUUAGCUCUAAACUGUUCUGACUGCACCGUAGCACCAAGCCGCUCCACCUCCUGCAAGUAUGCAGACUCAUCGGCAUCUUGGAUGAGACCGAUGAGCGUGGUAUCAUCUGCAAAUUUCAGGAGUUUAACAUUUGGGUCACUUGAAGUGCAGUCAUUAGUGUAGAGGGGGAAAUAGAAGUGUGGAGAGGACACAUCCCUGUGGAGCGCCUGUGCUGAUUGGCCGAAUGCCGGAGGUGACAUCUCCCAGUCCCACCUGUUGUUUCCUGCCUGUCAGGAAGCUGGUGAUCCACUGACAGGUGGAAUCAGAAUCAGAAUCAGAUUUAUUGGCCAAGUGUGUUAACACAAGGAAGUAGUUUGUGACUCUCGAAGAUAAAGCAGAUCAUGGAAGCAGCCACACGCCAGAUUGAAGAGACGAAGAAGCUGCUUAGUAUCACGCAGCCCAGACUGCCCCUACCUACCCCCCAGUCAUCAACACCUGGUAUGCACUCUCUCCAGCCUCCUGCUCCAGGCCCAGGUCAGUCUAUUUCCCCCUCACAGGCUGCCAGCUUCAUGAACGAUGCCAUUGAGAAGGCACGCAAAGCCUCUGAGCUCCAGGCCAAGAUUCAGUCCACUCUAGCCAUGAAGCCGGGCAUCCUGGGAGCUGUACCUAGUGCUGGACCACAUGAUCUUGUGGCACUCGCUAACCUGCAUGCUAUGGGCAUCGCACCACCCAAAGUGGAGCCCUGUGAGAUCACGAAGCCCACGCCACUCAUUCUGGAUGAGCUUGGGAGAACCGUCGACGCCAGCGGGAAGGAGGUGAAGCUCACACACCGCAUACCGACUCUGAAAGCUAAUAUCAGAGCAGUGAAGCGAAAGCAGUUUAAGCAGCAGCUGAAGAAAAAGCCCAGCAAUGACCUCGAGUCUGCGUCUUACUUCGACACCAGGUUAGCCAUUCCGCAGCCUCAAAGACAAAAGAAGGGGUUCGGGUUCCACGAAAGGGGUCGCUUUGAGAAAAUAGGCCAGCGGAUACGCACCAAGGCUCAGUUAGAGAGGUUACAGAUGGAGAUUGCGCAGGCAACCAAAAAGAUGGGCAUCCAGGCGUCUAUCAAGCUGGCUCUGAUCGCCCCUAAGAAGGAGCUCGGUGAAGGUGACGUGCCUUCCAUGGAGUGGUGGGACUCCUUCAUUCUGCCCAACAACGUAGAAUUCUCACCUCAGGCUGUGUUUGAUAUCUCGGACUUCCAUGGAAUCACCAAUCUGGUGGAACAUCCUGCACAAAUGGCUCCUCCAGUGGAUACGGACAAGCCGGUGACUCUGGGCAUGUACUUGACAAAGAAGGAGCAGAAGAAGCUGAGGAGGCAGAUGCGGCGUGAGGGUCAGAAGGAGGUGCAGGAGAAGGUCAGACUCGGCCUCAUGCUUCCACCAGAACCAAAAGUACGGAUCUCUGAUCUGAUGCGAGUGCUGGGUACAGAAGCCGUACAGGAUCCUACCAAAGUUGAGGCAGAUGUCCGAGCACAAAUGGCCAAGAGACAAAAAGCCCACGAGGAGGCAAACGCAGCACGCAAACUGACAGCAAAGCAAAGGAAAGAGAAGAAGGUGAAGAAGCUUAAGGAAGAUCUGAGUCAUGGCGUUCACAUCGCUGUCUAUAGGAUCCGAAACCUGCGCAGCCCAUCGAAGAAGUUUAAAGUGGAAGCCAACGCUAAUCAGCUGUAUCUGACCGGCACCGUGGUGCUGCACAAAGACGUCAACAUUGUGGUGGUGGAAGGAGGACCCAAAUCCCAGAAGAAGUUUAAGAGGCUGAUGCUGAACAGGAUCAAAUGGGAGGAGCCUAGCUCUAAGAGAGAUGACCCUGAUGGCUCGGACGACAAGGGAUCGAAGAAGCCAAACAAGUGUUCGCUUGUCUGGGAGGGUACAGCGAUGGAGCGCAGCUUCGGGGACAUGAAGUUCAAGCAGUGUCCCACAGAGAACAUGGCACGUGAACACUUCAAGAAGCAUGGCUCAGAGCACUACUGGGAUUUGGCUUUGAGCGAGAGCGUGCUGGAGACGGCCGAUGACUGAGAGACAGGGAGAGCGAGUGUGUGUAACGUAGUCCGAGUGACACAGGCAGCCUUGUUAUAGGAGAGAAGUGAACUGGACGGAAUCUAACAAGCUUCACACUGACAGUGGUGUGUGUGUGUGUGUGUGUGUGUGUGUGUGUGUGUGUGUGUGU